AUGUCUACGGGCAACACGACAGUGGUGGAGCAGAAAUGCCCUCUGUGCAAUCAGAUAUAUACAGACAAUGACAUGGUAGAGUGCACGAAAUGCCGCAAAUGGAUUCAUUAUGUGUGUGCUAAUGUUGGCGAUGAAGUUGCCAAUGAUAAAGAUUGGAAAUGUUCCAUAUGCACAACGCAUCCGACAUCCGACAAAAAUGGUGCAUCGUCAAACAAGUCUGGUCAGUCCAAGAGAAUUCAAGAAAAGCUUCGAUUAAUGGAGGAGGAGGAUCACAGUAAUUCGUCUGGGGAGUCCGAAAGGAAGAACAGCACUGCCCAACAGGAUAAAGUCAAGCUAAAUCCGCUUGACGAACCGUGUGGUAAGUCUGUUUUAAAUAAAUACCUGACUCAAUUACCUCAGCCGAAAUAUUUUCAUGUGUCUGCGAAACCAACUCCAUUAUACGAAUCCAACGUUCUCGACGAGUGUAUGAAACUCACUGAUCAACAAAUAGCAACCAGGCACGCUAUUCCACGAGAUCUUCCUGUUUUUACGGGCCACCCAGGAGAAUGGCCAGUGUUCAUAAGCACAUUCACUCAGACAACAGCGGCAUGCGGCUUUACAAAAACUGAAAAUCUCCUUCGACUGCAACGCUGUUUAAAAGGGAAAGCAAGAGAAGUCGUUGUAGCACAGCUAACCAUUCCCAACUGCGUCCCCAUAAUUAUAUCAACAUUAAGAAGAUAUUUUGGUCAACCGGAAAUAAUCUUAGAUCAUUACAUCGAUCGAAUCAAGAAGAUGACGUCGCCUAAAUUAGAAAAAUUGGAAACUGUGUUGGACUACGCUGUAGCUGUCACCAACUUAUGUGCAACUUUAGAGCAGGCUGAUCUGCAAGCCCACAUGCGUGAUCCCAAUCUAAUGAGAACUCUUGUCGAGAAGCUACCACCUACUCUCCAACUUUCUUGGGCAUCACAUAGACGCGAAGAAGAAGACUGCAACAACAUCUGUAUUCUCGGCGACUGGUUGCAUUCUCUGGCAGGUGAUAUUUGUGACGUUAUGCCAUCAAAAAAUUGGUUUCACUCCACAAGCAAAACAAAGUUCAAGAAUGAACAUGUCAACAUCCAUGAUCAGAAGGAUACGCGACGGAGCAAAGCAAUAUCUACCUCCAAUUUUCAAAGAAAAUGCAGCGUAUGCCAAGGAUGCUGCCAAUCAAAUUCAUCUUGCAAGAAAUUCAUGGACUGGAGCGUGAACCAACGUUGGGACUUCGUUAAGCAAGCAAAGCUUUGUCGUCAAUGUCUCAAAAGACACCCAUACAGAUGUACAACACCAGUGAUGUGCUCCCAAGACAACUGCCACGGACGACAUCAUCCUCUUUUGCAUAAUGCACUACACAAACAAGAGCACAACGAGGUAUCAAACGAAGGCAACAUGAAUCACAUCACUCCUGUUUCUGUGAAGUUCAGAAUAUUGCCUGUAGUACUUUUCAACAAUGAAAAGCAAGUUCGAACUUUUGCGUUUUUAGACGAAGGAUCCUCCAGUACUUUGCUCAAUGAAAGGCUAGCAAAAGAAUUGCAACUUGAAGGAGAAACCGCGCCCUUGUGUUUAAAGUGGAGUGGAACCAUCUCUCGUCAAGAGAAACAGUCGCUAAAAACCUCGUUGACAAUCGCCGGUGAUUAUCAAAAUGCUCCACGCUUCAACCUCUCUAAUGUGAGAACUGUACAGAACUUAAACUUGCCAAGCCAAUCUUUGGAUUACAAACGUAUGGCUACUAAAUUUCAUCAUUUAAGAGGCCUGCCUGUUGAAUCCUAUGCCAAUGUGAGUCCAGGCAUACUAAUAGGUCUCAAGAAUUGGCACGUAGCUGUUCCACUUAAAGUGAGAGAAGCAACCGAAAUCGAUCCCAUCGCUGUGAAAUGUCGGCUUGGCUGGACUGUGUUCUCCGUUACGCCUGAUCGAAAUGAUACAACGGAAACCGAGCAUCACUGCCAUCAAUGUGAAUGCCAGCCAGAUGAUAAGCUUCAUCAGUUGGUGAAAGAUUUCUUCGCUACAGAUAGCUUGGGAACAUUGGGUGAAAAGGAUCCCAAAAUAAUUCAAGAAGAAGAAAAGGCAUUAAGUCUACUAAAUGAAAAAACAAUUCCAUCAAAAGGCCGCUAUGAGUCUGGUCUUCUGUGGCGCUAUGAAAAUAUUAAGCUACCUGAUUCGAAACCAAUGGCCAUGAGUAGAAUGAGAUGUCUUGAGAAGCGACUGUAUGGAGAUGAAGAACUGAAGAAGAAUAUGAUUCAACAGAUUAAAGAUUACGAAAAGAAAGGAUAUAUACGAAAACUUACCAAAGAAGAAUGUGAAAGGCAACAAGAAAAGAUUUGGUAUUUACCGAUAUUUCCGAUUCGAAACCCUAAUAAACCCGGCAAGAUUCGCAUUGUUUGGGAUGCAGCAGCCACAGUCAACGGAGUAUCUUUAAAUACACUCCUAAUGAAAGGUGUAGACUGGAACUCAUCUUUACUUGGAGUCCUGUUGAGAAGCAGAGAAAGGAAGAUUGGGCUGUCCGCUGAUAUCAAAGAGAUGUACCACCAGGUUAAAAUACCGCCAGAAGACCAGAAUGUACUCCGAUUCUUAUGGCGAGAAGAUGUUAAUUCCCAGUUCGAAACGUACGUGAUGCAAGUCAUGACGUUUGGGGCAACUUGCUCACCCAGUUGUGCUCAGUACGUCAAGAACCACAAUGCGCUGCAGUUCGCAGAAGAAUUUCCUCGGGCAGUUGAGAGUAUCGUCAAAAAUCAUUAUGUAGAUGAUUUAUUAGACAGCGUUGAUAAAGAACAAGAGGCUGUACAACUGGCAAAACAAAUAUCGGAGAUACAUUCACGAGCUGGCUUUGAAAUCCGAAAUUGGAGGUCGAACAACACCAAGGUCAUGGAAAUCCUUAACCCAGAGUCGCCCAACGAUCCAAAAGACCUAAAUAUGAAUCCAGAAUGCUUCACAGAAAAAAUAUUAGGCAUGUGGUGGUGCCUCCAAAGCGAUACAUUCACGUUUUCACUGCGGUACAAUAAAGGAAGCAAACAAGUUUUGAGUGGAGAAUGUCGCCCAACUAAAAGAGAAGUCCUAAAGAUACUAAUGUCAAUUUAUGACCCGCUAGGCCUCAUCGCAAACUUUUUGGUCUACCUUAAAAUCCUUCUACAGGACAUUUGGAGAAGUCAGAUACAUUGGGAUGAGAAAAUAAGCGACGAUCAAUUUGAAGCAUGGACCAAAUGGCUACAAAUACUUCCACAAGUUGAGCAACUUCGGAUCCCUAGAUGCCUGUUGAAUCAAUUCCCAGAUUGGGAGAAGGCAGAUGUACAACUCCAUAUCUUGAUGGAUGCGAGCGAACAAGCGUGCGCUACAGUGGCCUAUCUCCGUAUCAGCAAGGAUGGUAAGGUAGAGUGCUCCUUAUUAGGUGCCAAGACAAAGGUAGCACCAAUAAAACUCCGAUCUAUUCCUCGUCUGGAACUUGACGCUGCCGUUAUGGGCUGCAGAUUCGGAACUCAAAUUUUAAAGGAACUGUCCAUCAAGGUUAACCAAAUGUUUUUCUGGAGCGAUUCCAAAACUGUGCUCGUGUGGAUAAAAAGCAAUCCUCACCGAUACAACAAAUACAUUGCCUUUCGAGUUGCCGAAAUCCAAGACAUUCCACAUAUGCAUUCCUGGCGAUAUAUUCCAUCGAAACUAAAUAUUGCAGAUGAAGCAACUAAAUGGACCAAACCACCAAAACUAGAUACUAAUGACCGCUGGUUUCAAGGUCCCGAAUUCUUGAAGUAUGAAGAAGACCGAUGGCCAAAGGAUAAAACAAUCAAAGAAGAUACUUCACAUUCAGAGGAACUUCUAAAUAUACAUGUGACACAACAUCCGAUCAUAGAUUUCAACAGAUUCUCAAAAUGGAGUGCAAUUGUAAGAACAAUCGCAUAUGUCAUCCGAUAUUUGAAUAUCAAAAUUAAGUUCAAGUCUGAGCUACCAACGAAAGGAAUAUUAAACGGAGACGAACUCAAUGAAGCACAAAUCAUCUUAUUUCGGCAAGUACAAGAAAACGCUUUCAGUGAGGAAAUAUGCAGUCUUAUGAAAGAAGUCAACAACUCAUCCAAUGCAGGUCGACCAACAGUACACAGUUCCAGCAAGAUCCGACGCCUGUGUCCUUACCUUGAUAAUCAAAGGUUAUUGAGAGCUAAGGGAAGACUUGAAGCAGUUUCCAUUAUGAGUUCAGACCAGAAACACCCAAUCAUACUUCCGAGAGGACAUCACGCAACAAAUUUAAUUAUCCUACAAUGCCACGAGAGGUUCCUGCAUGCAAACAACGAAACUGUUGUGAACCAACUUAGACAGCAAUAUGCAAUCCCUAAGCUGAGAUCGCCGAGGACAACCAAACGAGAUUUAUUCCGAUCGAGGGUCAACUUUAUCGGAGCAGAACGUCAGCUUCGUCAAGAUUUAGAAGCAAUUGAUCCAGCCAUGAUAGCAAAACAAUUCAUAUCACCAUCCUUAAAAUGGAACUUUAAUCCACCGGCUGCGCCACAUAUGGGAGGAGCAUGGGAGCGAUUAGUUCGCUCAUUCAAGACAGCAUUGUACACAUCUUUACCUUUGAGAACUCCCAGCGACCCAUUACUUAGAAGCUGUUUGAUAUCCGCUGAGAAUAUUAUCAAUUCAAGGCCGCUAACAUAUGUUCCAGUGGAUAAUGAAUCUUCAGAAGCAUUGACACCGAAUCAUUUUUUGCGAUUGGACUCAGGUGGUGGAAAACCAACAAUGAAACUCGAUGACAGCUGGAAGACACUCAAACAGACAUACCAGUAUAAAGAACAGUUUGCCAACAAAUGCUGGAAGCGCUUCAUUACCGAGUACUUACCCGAGCUCACACUUCGAUCAAAGUGGUAUGAUCCAGUACAACCGUUAAAGAUUGGUGACAUUGUUGUCCUGAUAGACAAAGACUUGCCCAGGAACAACUAUCCCAAAGGACGAAUAAUAGCAGUCAAAACAUCAUCCGACGGCCAAGUCAGAAGUGCUACAAUUCAAACAUCCAAUGGAAUUUUUGAACGGCCAACCGUUAAAUUGGCAUUGCUGCAGUUAUAUAACAAGGAGACAACAACAUCCUAG